UCGACGGAGAACCCUCACACGACCUGACUUUGGACAAGAUGGGCGCGGAACGGUGAACCUCUCAGGCAGUCGGAAAUGCAACAGAACCUAGAAAACUCUGGAAUUUCGCAAUUUCUGCCCAGCGUCGAUACAACCGAAGCCCGACUGUUUCCCAGAUUGUGACCAAACGGCGGCAUCCUGAACCGAGACACCGCUCGAGCACCGCAGCCUUCGGUUACGACGCCUUGGCUCCCAAAGGGGGACGGGCCGAGCGGCAGUACUCAUGGACCCUGCCGCCGUUUUCCACCAGUCGCUGGGCUCGGUGCUCCCGCCCCAGCACUUCUUCCCCGGAAGACCUCCGGUGCCCGGCCCUUACCCAUGGGACAGCCCCGAACAGGACGGGCAUGAUGCGCCCCACCGGGUCGCGCAUACACUAACGGCAUGUUGCCGAUGUCGCCAGAGAAAGACGAGGUGCGACCCAGCCCUGCCGCGCUGCCUGCCUUGCGAACGAUCGGGCUCGACGUGCGAGUACUACGACAGCGCCAAAGGGAAGCGAAUCAACCGCUCUUAUGUCGUCAGUCUGCAGAAGAAGGUGCGCCAGCUAGAGGCCGAACUCGCGCAGUACACCGACCAGGAAAGCGACCACCCGCAAGACCAUGAGGACAUGGUUUGGCCCGGCGGCAUUGUUCGCCUCGAUGCACCGGACGAGAUUCCCCGCUAUCUCGGGCCGAGCAGCGGCACCGCCAUGACCCGACUGCUGAUGGAAGAGGCGAAGAGAUAUGCCGAGUCGCGGAGGAUAGCCAAUCUGAUCCCCGAGGUGCUCGCGAGGCGGGCCGAACAGAGAGACCGCAUGCAGAGCGUGGUGAUGGGGAGCAUAAGUGGGCCUUCGGGCAGGAAGAAGAGCUACCCGGCACACAGCAUCAUUCCUGCAUCUGCACUCCCAAGCCGAGAGAUCGUCGACGGUCUGGUCAGGACGUUCAACGACAGAAUCCAAGUGUUCAUACCCGUCCUCCAUGAAAAGGUCUUUGAGGAGGACGUCAAUGCUGUGUUUGCCGGCGAUUCUGACCCGUACAAGCACUUUGUCGUGAACAUGGUGGUGGCCAUCAGCCUGCAAAGGGUUGGCAAGUACGCCGGCUUGCCCGACAGCUAUUACCUGAACGCGAUGCGCCGCUUCGAAGACGUCGUCCGUCCCCAAGACCUGAAGACUCUCCAGUGCCUCGUCCUGAUUGGGCAGUAUUCCCUCAUGACCCCGACGAGGGCCGCCACUUACUAUGUGACGGGACUGGCAACGAGAAUCUGCCAGCAGAUGGGCCUCGGGGACGAGAGUACCAUAGCCGUGGGCGUCUCCGACCAACGGGAGCUCGACAUGAGGAGGCGCGUGAGUUGGGCUGUGACCAUGCAAGAAUUCGGCCUGGCCAACACUAUGGGCCGGCCAAACGGGUUUGCCAAGGCCGAUGAUUGUAUGAAUGUCAAGUUCUUCGAGACGAUCGUGGACGAAGGCAUCACUCCAGAAGGCAUACGCUCCGACAAGAUCUGUGAGAGGAAGACAGUUGCCAUCCACUUCUGCAAGAUGCGGCUUCUUCAGGCCGAAAUUCGCCGGGUGCUUUACGAGAAGAAACGGCCCGAGCCUUCUCAUGAAUCACAUCCUUGGUUCGUUCAGAUGGAGCAGAGGCUCAAGGAUUGGCUCGCAGACUGUCCCGCGAAGCCUCCAUGGUGUAAACCUUGGCUCGAUGGGUGCUAUCACAACUUGGUCAUCUCGCUAUACCGGCCCUCUCCGCAAAUACCCAAGCCGACCGUUAACGCAGCCAUGAAGUGCUUUGAUGGCGCGCGCUCCAUCAUCGACAUCACUUCUCGCCAGAUCGAAGACGGCACCGUUGACAUUACUUGGGAGUCCUUGUUGAGCGUCUACGCCUCGCUAAACGCGCUUCUCUGGUCUAUUUCGUACCCAGAUGUCCGCACCAAGCACUCCAAGGAGGAAGUGCAGGACCUUGCAGCCACUGCUCUCGAGGCAAUCAAGAUCUUCUCCGACCGCUGGCCGGGGUCUUCGUCCGCGCUACAGCUGUACACCGUGAUUGCCAACGCUUGCCUGCAGAGCUACGAUGUUGGCGAGGAAACUCCCUCUCCACCAUCGGGCAGCCAGCUCGGGACCCCGGUGUCUCGCGCCGGCCCCUUAUCCCCCGAGUCUGAUACCUCUAGGAACACCCCGACACGCCAAACUGGUCCCCAAUCGGCCGCCUCACUCUUCAACACCUCGUCUCCAUUUGGAUACGUCUUCGACGUUCCCAAUGGCACCCUGGCGUCGCAAUACGGUUUCGACAACGAUUCGUCCCCGUUUCGGCGCCAGCCUUCCUUCCGCUCCAACUCUAUCUUCAUGAGCCCGUCAACGGACUCGAACGGCCGCCGGCUGUCCAGCCUCGCCCCCGACUCCAAGGAGAACCCCGCUCCAGCCCGCAUGGGAGCUACUCCGCCGCCACCUCUAGACAUACCCAAGCAAGAGCCCCAGCCAGCCGUCACCUCGUCACCGGUCGCCUCGCUGCCUACACCACCGGAAUCCUUAGCCCCGGCAUCUGCACAUCCCGGCGUUCACCCCCCAUCUACGAGACAUGCGCCGACAGCAUCGCAGGCGGCUCCUAUGCAAACACCCAAUGUCCAUCCAACCAGCCUGGCUCCGGUUCCCGAUAGUACACCUGCACCGAUGAUGCAAGGGAAGGAUGGGCGUCCUGAACCUAUUCCCGCCUCAAACUUCAGUCAGCAACAGCAGCAGCAGCAACAGCGGCAACAACAACCCAGCCAUCAUGCGCCAAAACCACCGCCAUCCACCUUCGUCACCCCUCCACCACCACCCCAAUCACAUUCACGACAUCAACCCCAACAGCGGCCGCCCCCGUCCCAUGCACCGGCCGACUGGUAUAACCCACUGCCCCAAUUCGUACCGCCCCACGUCUACGCAAGCGGGAUGAGCGGCGGCCCGGCCUUCUGGAACGCGACGCCAAAUCCGUUCACUGGGGGGUUCCAGCCGAACGGCAACAGCCUGGGCCCUUACGGGGCGCGAACCGGGCACGCGGGCGGGUUGCCAACGCCAUCGAUGAACGCGAGCUGGAACAUGGCCUUCGGCGCCGAGCAGCAGGAGUGUCAAGGAGGGUUCGGUCCCGCGGGCAUCGGUCUCGGCCCCGGCGGACCGGGACUCGGCGGCGGCGAAUAUUACGACUCUUUCCUAAUCGGUCGGCACGGCAGUCUGAGCCAAGAGCAGCAGCUGGAACUGAUGGACAUGCUGGAGACGGAGGGGAAGAGUGACAUUGAUAGUUUCUUGAAUAUGGGCAUGGGCAUGGGAGGGCCCGGCCAAGGGCAGGGAGGAAAUGGAGUUCAAUGGGGUUGAUCUAGAGCUGAACUUGAUUUCCCUGCGGCAAGACUGAUCGAGUGGCGGGAUGGAGGUAUCGAGUAUUUCACAUAUAUCAGGGUUAUACUUAAUCAUUCGUGGGGGGGGGAAGGCGCUUUUUGAGGCUGGGGAGGAAAGGUCGGCAAGAAUGGGGUCGGUUCCUUGUUGUUUUUGGCUGGGCGAUUCCCCUUUCCUCGAUACCUGGUUUUCCAUGUUGGGUUUGGUUCCGUAGCACAUCGUUUCUGAAGAUACAAUGUCACAAAUCCCUAUCCCCCUCCCCAUUUUCCCCGGCCCCAAGGUCGAAGUUGAGGC